GCCUCGAUUCUCUCCCAAAUUUCCGCCCUCUUCGUGUCUUCAACAAUCAACCCACGCUUCGAUCGUCAAAAACUCCCGUAUUUCUCACCCCUUCCGAUCGAGACCCUCCUCGAUCGAUAGGGUUUCAUCUGAUUCGUCAAUUAAAUUUUAGGGUUUAUUUGAGGGAUAAGAUGAGCUUUCAAGAUCUUGAAGCGGGUCGACCGCUCAAUUCAAAACGAGUUGGAUACACCAAUGGCGGAAGGCAACAAGAUCCCACCCAAGCUAUUGCUUCCGGAAUCUUUCAGAUCAAUACCGCCGUCUCUACGUUUCAGCGCCUAGUCAAUACCCUUGGUACACCUAAAGAUACCCCUGAGCUUCGAGAAAAGCUGCAUAAAACAAGACUACAUAUUGGGCAAUUGGUGAAGGAUACUUCAGAUAAACUCAAGCAAGCCAGUGAGGCAGAUCACCGCGCCCAAGUAAGCGCCAGCAAAAAAAUUACAGAUGCUAAACUUGCAAAAGAUUUUCAAGCAGUUCUAAAAGAAUUUCAGAAGGCCCAGCGCCUUGCAGCUGAAAGGGAGACGGCUUACACUCCUUUUGUUCCUCAAGCUGUUCUCCCAUCAAGUUAUGCAGCCAGUGAAAUGGAUAUAAGCUCGAACAAAGGUCAGGAACAGCAUGCCCUUCUUAUGGAGUCUAGGCAGGAGGUUUUGCUGUUGGACAAUGAGAUUGCAUUCAAUGAGGCUAUUAUCGAGGAAAGGGAACAAGGGAUACAAGAUAUCCAGAACCAAAUUGGUGAGGUAAACGAGAUAUUCAAAGAUCUUGCUGUUUUGGUUCAUGAGCAAGGAGCUAUGAUCGAUGACAUCGGCUCCAACAUCGAGAAUUCUCAUGCUGCUACUGCACAGGCAAAAGUCCAACUUUCAAAAGCAUCCAAAACCCAAAGGGCAAAUUCCUCCAUGACUUGCUUGCUUUUGGUGAUAGUCGGGAUCGUCCUUCUCAUUGUGAUCAUAAUCCUUGCAGUUUGACCUCAAACCGUGUGCAUAUAGAUAAAAGCCGAAGCUUGUGUAUGGGUCUGAAGCAGAUAUGCUCCCUUUGAGCAUCUUGGCUUCUACUAAGAUUGAUUUCUCCUUUGUUCCAUAGUGUGAUAACAUACUUGAAAAUUAUAUUUGUUUGCAGGGAUUCUUUCUGUACAAUCAACAAAUUUUCUAUGUUUCUCUUUCUUUUCUUAAUCUGAUGUUGGUUUGAUUUGCGA